AUAAUGUUACCGUGCGUGGUGCUAUUAUAGAUUUUCAAGGCAACAUGAAAACAGAAAAUCUUGUGCUAUUUGAUCACUAUGAUAAUUACAGCAGUCAUUCAAGAUAUCAGGUUUCGGAUACAUCAGAAAGUUUUCUGGUCGUAUCUAAAAGCUCUCAUAAUCUAACCUGGAAAAAAUUUUCAAAAGUUAAGGGUGUAGCUAAACAGAUAUCGAAUGGGAAUGUCAUGUCACCGAGAAACGGAUUCAUUUUCCAUUCGUAUAGUGUUUUUGCUACAAUCGACGGUCAACAUGCAAUUGUCUAUAAAAUCUCAAAAAACACAAACCGUACUUUUUAUGAUCCUGUAUAUGAAAUUUACAUUCAUUUUAUAAAAAAAACCGACACAGAUCAACAAUUAGAACAAAUUUUACUCUAUAAAACGUAUGAUAGUUCGAUACUUCCUGUAGGACCUAUCAACUGUCAAGCUG